UGAAAGAGAGAAGAAGAGGGGAUGAGGAGGGAAGGGAUGUGAGGAGGAUGAGAGUGGGGAUCAGAACAGCAACCAAUGGAGGAGCAGAGUCCCGCUCCCGCCCAUUUCCAGAGACACCAAUCUCAGACCUGUGUUUGCCUCGCCAAACUCCGCCCAGAUCCUCACCACCUCACUGGAGGCCUUUUCUCUCCACUGCGACCGCACACCCAGAGAAAACGCCAUAUACUGUUUGGCCUUGGCCAGGAUUACUUCCACGUGCAACUGUCAGACGACAAGCAGGUGAGGCACUUCCUGGAGCUGAGCUAUGCUGGUGCCAUCCUUCGGGACAGCUGGGUCCUGACAGACGUUGGCAUCACCCCUAGCAGUGCCAUCUGCUGCCUGCUGAAGCGGGAGCCGGUGGUGCGUGUGUUCAGUGCCGUGACGGGGGAGACCCUCUCAGUCUUGGGCACUGUGUUUCUCCUGAGUACGUCUGUGGCCAGGCUCAUGACCCUGGUGUCCCAGCAGUGUGUGCUUCCCGUCAGCUCCUUCAGACUGAGCUCUCCCACCGGCCUGCAACUCUACGACUGCAACCGGCUGCACGACUACGCCAUUGACCUGGGGGCUACUCUACGGUUAGACACCUGGGAUGGGUGGGCGGAGUUCCUCAGAGGCUGCUUCCUGGGACACAGACUGACCGUCCAACGACACCUGUCUAGGGAGAGACCUGUGAUGUUCCAGCUCCGGGUGGCACUCUACAUCGCUGCUUCUCUGGGCCACCUGGACCUGGCCGGCUGGCUGCUGGAGAGGGGGGUGCGUGUCAUUGAGCCGGUGGGGGUUCACCCUUACCGUGAGUGGUGCCACCAGACGGCCCACCCCGACAUCGCCAAGUGUCCCGCUGUCGCCUCCAUCGAGCGCGGCCAGCUCACCAUCCUCAAACUCUUUAUCGCCAGCAGCGUUCUGACCCUUGCCUGUCGGGAUCCCCAGGGUCGUGACCCCCUCAGGAUCGCCCUUCAGUACGGCCACAGGGAGUGUGUGAGUCACCUGGCCACCAAGCUGUGCUCUGUGGUGGUCCUCCCAGGUAUGGCCCUUCCCAUGCGGACAUACCUCCAGAUAAAGGGCUGGGUGAGGCUGGGGCAGAGGAGGGCAGCAUCCAGGCACUGCAUGGGCCUCAACAGGGCUCCGUUCAGGACCAGGGUGGGCGACACGGUCCUGGUGGACGGCUUCACCCUCCCCAAGAUGUCCUCCAAGCCCAGGAGGAGUGAGGCCAAGGCGGGUAUCAGGGUGAUGUCCACAGCCUCUCGACGUUUGACCCCCAUCAACUGCCCAUCUCAUGUAUCCUGCCCGCUCCGCGCCCUGGCAUCCCAGGAUAAACCUCUUCAACUACCGAAGCAACACCCUGUGGCCACGAGGGAUGAAAGAGAGAAGAAGAGGGGAUGGGAAGGGAUGUGAGGAGGAUGAGAGUGGGGAUCAGAACA